CCAACCAUGUCCUCCUCAUCUCUCACCCUCACCUCCGACCCCCACCACCCCCACCAAGACUACGACCGUCUCAAAGAAGUCAAACAAUUCGACGACUCCAAGCUCGGCGUCAAAGGCCUCCUCGACUCCGGCCUCGCCUCUUCCUCCUCCAUCCCCCUCAUCUUCCACCACCCGCCCGACUCCCAACCCGGCCCCAUACCCCAUACCCGACCCACCCACACCCACCACUCAAUCCCCAUCGUCGACUUCUCCGCCCCCAAACCCAUCCUCACCGACCAAAUCACCCGCGCCGCCUCCACCGUCGGAUUCUUCCAAAUCACCAACCACGGCAUCCCCCUCCACGUCAUCCAACGCACCCUCGCCGCCGUCAAGUCCUUCAACGAACUCCCGGCGGAGAUCAAGACGGCCCACUACCACCGCGAGGUGGGCCGCGGCGUGACGUUCUCCACCAACGUCGACCUCUACCAAUCGAAAGCCGCCAGCUGGCGCGACACGCUCCAGAUGAGGGUUUCCCCUGUCCCUCCGAACCCUAGCGACAUUCCCGAGGUUGUUCGAGAGGAGUUGUUGGAGUGGAACGAGGAGGUGGAGAGGAUAGGAAAGAGGGUGCUGGGGUUUCUGUCGGAGGGGUUGGGGGUUGAGGAGGGGAGGCUGAAGGAGAUGACGUGUCUGGAGGGGAGGACGAUGGUGGCGCAUUACUAUCCGUAUUGCCCGCGGCCUGACUUGACGUACGGGCUGACGUCGCAUACGGAUCCGGGGGUGGUGACGGUGCUGGUGCAGAACGAGGUGAGGGGGUUGCAGGUGAAGGUUGGGGAGGAGUGGGUGGAUGUGGAGCCGGUGGAGGGUGCGGUGGUUAUCAACAUUGGGGAUAUUCUUCAGAUCAUCUCAAAUGAUGAGUACAAAAGUGUGGAGCAUCGAGUUUUGGCCAACCCCCUUCAAGAGCCUCGUGUUUCAGUUGCAGUUUUCUGCAACCCAAGCAACAGAGAUGGACUGUUUGGGCCAUUGCCAGAGCUAGUGUUGCAGGAGAAACCAGCUCGUUAUCGUCAAUUUACGCUCUCAGACUAUUUGCAAAGGUUCUUCAAGAAAGAGUUGGAUGGAAAGACAUUGACCAAUUACUAUAGACUAUGAAAUAACUCACCGAGCCAACAUUGUUUGAACACCACUUCGCCUAUCUAUACACAUAAACACAACAGAGCCAACAUUGUAUGAACACCACUCCAUUAUCCAUAUAUGUUUAUCAAGGGUUAACACUUGACUGAAUAAUUAGGGAAAUAAAUUUGUGUACAUGAUGUGUUACCGAUUUUAUGCCCUGCCAAAUUUGUUCUCCUGUCAAACAUAUUAUGUUAGAUUGGAAAUGAAAGUUUAGGAAGCUGUAUAUA